AUGGGGCGAAGAAAAUCGAGUGCCGUCUGGGAGUUUUUUAUCGAAUACGAGGUUGAUGAUAGAAAAGUUUGGGAAUGCAAUUUGUGCAAAGAAGUAGGAGACAAUAAGGGAAAUACUUCGAAUCUAUGGAGUCAUCUUAAGAACAAAAAGGGUAAAGAUGGUAAAAACGAUAAAACUCAUACGGAAGCGUUUGACAGCAUCAAAAGUGCCAUGAAACCCCCUCGAAAAAAGGCUAAGGUGUCAACAACGCAGAGUAGGCUAUGCAAUGAGUCGACUGAUAACGAGACGGCUAACGAAAGCCGCGAUGAAGAUGAUGCACCUGCCACGGUUAGCACAGAUGGAAAUUCGUCGUCGUCUAGGCCUAACACUUCUGAAUCUGCUGGCUCAUCCCGCUAUAGUAGCGUUGCAUCGGGUCAUACGGUUUCAUCUGAAACUUCCAAUGCAAGCUCGAGCACUUCAGAAGUUCCUAAUGGGAAUUUGCCAUACUCUUUCAGCGGAGUAAAAAUGAAGGCAUUUCUCCGGAUACUGACUCUUUUCAUAGUUCGAUCUAUGCAGCCACUGUCGAUUGUUGAGGAUGUGAACUUCCGAGCACUAAUCCGUCAUAUCGAUCCACGUCUUUUACUACCAAGCCGCAGUACACUGACUCAUUCUCUUAUACCCGAGUUGUAUAGGGAGGCCAAAUUUAAACUUAUGCAAAAGUUAUCAGCCGUUAAAUGGGUUGCUCUCACUGCAGAUGGUUGGACGUCAAUUACCAAUGAAGGUUAUCUAACGGUAACAGUUCAUUACAUAUGCGACAAAAUGAAAACUGUCUCCAGGGUUCUAUCAACUUGGUGCAUCGAAGUCAGCCACACUGCUGAAAAUCUUGCUAAAGAGCUCAGAGAUUUGGUGUCCGAAUGGAAAUUGACCGACAAAAUAGCUGCAGUCGUAACUGACAAUGCUAAUAAUAUCGUCAAGGCCGUGAAUGAUAUUAAUAAGUGGAGGCAUGUACCUUGUUUUGCCCAUACUUUAAGUCUCGCAGUGAAAGAUGCUAUUAAGAAAAAUCUUUCUUUGUCAGGCCUUUUUACCCAGUGCCGUGACAUCGUAACUUUUUUUCACCAUAGCAAUCCAGCCACUGUGAAACUUACGAGUCUUUGUGCCGCAAAUGGCAAAUCCAGGUCAAAGCUCCAGCAAGAAAAUAACACCAGAUGGAAUUCACAGUUCACCAUGAUCGAAAGCCUGUUGGCCUUGAAGGACGAGGUUGAUGCGACUCUUUUGCUUAUGCAUCGUCCCGAUCUGUUGUUAACUGAAUUUGAAUGGACCAUUCUGGCUGGAGUGAGAAACAUCCUCAAGCCAUUUGACGAUAUAACGAGGGAUCUCAGUUCACAAUUUUAUCCUUCCCUCUCCAAGGUUAUACCUUCUAUAAGGAUUCUUCUAUUUAAUCUUGGAGCGAUGCAACCAACGCCACGCAACACGGAACUGGAAAAAUUGAUAAAGGAUCUGACUGACAACUUAACGUCCCGUUUCGAUCAAUCACUCCGGAAACUCACGUCGACCCUUGUUACUACCUAUCUCGAUCCUCGCUUCAAGAAAAAUGGAAAGUUUCUGACGGAGGGGAGGGGUCUGUCAGCUGAAAUUGCCGAACUCCGUGUUGAAUCGGAACUGAGAGCAGCAGCUAGUAGAUGUCCGUCUUCGGCCAUCCAGAGCUCUGCUGCAGUUCCAUCGACUUCGGAGAAAAGCAUUUUUGAAAGCUUUCACGACCAGUUCGUUAGCCUUGAAAAUGCUAACACGUCAGGUCAGAACGCCAACAUGACUGCCAACAUCAUCAUCAAUCUCAAAGAUUACUUAUCGCAACCUUACAUGCCAUGGAGUUCUGACCCGUUGGAGUACUGGAAGUCGAAGCAAUUUGACGGAAGUCUGCUACCUUUUAUCGAAGUUGUAAAGAAAUUCUUCUGCAUCCCGGCAACUUCCGUACCUUCAGAAGCAAUUUUCUCAGCAGCUGGUGACUUAAUUAACGAAAACCGGAGUCGGCUCAACCCUCGACAUGUUGACAAAAUUUUGUUUUUGAACCGAAAUGCCUGA